AACUAUCCCCUAGGAAGUAAUUUUCCUAGUGUGUAGAGACGAAAUUUUAAAUGGGUUAGAAGAAACUUGAUGGAUAGAGCUAAACUGGUUUGGUGAAGAAAGCUAUGCUAUAUUCUUUAAUACAAACAUAUCUGAAAGAAAACGGCGUUGUAGGCAGCAAGAACCGUAUGUUACAACGCACGUGGACUCGUAUAUCAGUUGUAAUGUAACCAGUUAGUAAGCUACCUUCACAGUCUCGUGCUUGAUCGAACGAUGUUAAAUCUUCGCGAUUAUCCUGGCUUGUGAUAAAUGGUUGGAUUGAAUAGUGCAACUGGGGACCAACGAUGACCUCUCUUGAUGAGAUAUAGCAACAUAAGAACUACAACUGGACUGUUGAAUUUGCUACUAUUUAUCCUACUCGUAGCCAUAUCUUUGGAUGCUGCUGCCAGCUAGCUAACUUAAUUUCUUGCAACUAAUGAAUAGCUAAACGCCUAAAAUGCCACUGCAAAUAGGUGACUUGGUCGACAUGCCGGUAGCUAAUCACGUGGUUACUUAUAUGUACACGGGGGUACAACCAUAGCUUUAAUAUGAAUGACCAGGUUUCCAUAUGAUUGAGAAGCAGCUAUAGUUAACUAGCUACUCCCACACUGCAAUUUGGUCUCGCACUGGCGGCCUCCGAGUUACAGUUCACGCAGUCUAGCUAGCUGAAUUUCUACUACUUGUCAAGAAUAGGAGGCGGUGGCAGCUGUGGUGUACAUUUCUGCGUUCUUUAUAGAGAUCACUGCCAGGGUGAAAUUCUGCAGUUCAUGUUUCGACAAGAAGUCAGUGUACUAUAUUUUAUUUCUGUCUUGUUCUUACCUUUUCCAAAACGAGAAGAGGAAUAUGUCUAGAUAUAACAUUUACAGUCUUUUAGACUGGUUGUAUGGCGGCGUGGACCCAAAGUUUGAAGGCAACGGGGGCCCAGAAUGUGCCGCCUUUCUUGCACCCCAACAACGUAUUGGCGAGAGUUUUGUCAUGGUUCUGAUUUCCAUCGUGGAAGUUGUCGUCGCACUGAGGAAAAUCAACAUUUCUAAAGAACUCAAAGAGAUAGCGAAAGAUGGUCCAAGCAUAAAAGAGGACAGUUUGGGCAAGAACCUGUUGCUGGUUGCUUUGUGUAUGACGUUUGGAGUUGAGGUUGGAUUCAAAUUCGCCAAAAAGACAGUGAUAUACCUACUGAAUCCUUGUCAUGUUGUGACCAUGUUGCAGAUCUGUGCCUUGACACAAUCAUGUCUCGGAGCUCUACGGACAAUUCCUUCGACCUCAUUGCUUGGUUUAUGCUCUGACAUGCACUGUCAACUGUGGGACCUUUUAUAUAGACAGAUCUUCUUGCUGGCCUGUCCGCCAUGUAAAACAGCCAUGGUCCUCUUUAGGCUUCAAGUCCAUAUGCUGAAUGGUGCCCUACUGGCCCUUGUCUUCCCUGUGGUCAACACUAGGCUGCUUCCAUUUGAGAAGGAGGUCUACUACAUCCAGCAUUCCUUGCUCUACCUGGUGCCUGUAUACCUCUUCAGGAAAGGAGGUGUGUACAAGCCGGAGCCCCUGGGGGACAUGUGGUGGGCUAUCCUCUCCACUGGCAUCCUGUUCCUUUAUCACUUCCUGUUCCUGCAGGGCCUGGGCCUGAUGACCGAGGUCAAUCUGAACAACAUGCUGUGUCCAGCAGUGUCAGAUCCAUUUUAUGGGCCUUGGUACCGGGUUUGGGCUGCGGGUCACCAGACCCUGUUGACCCUGGUCCAUGGGAAGGCCCUGACCCUCCUCUCCCACCACACCGGCCCCACCUGCAGGUACUUUCUGGACACCGCCAGACUGCGCAGCAAGAAGAUUGACUGAACAUCCACACACAGAGACAAACACGAACGUAGCCUUUUCCAAUCCAAACGCCUGUUAUGUUGGGAUUUUCUAUCCACAUUUUUAAUGCAUCUGUACCACCUUUACCAUAUUUAUUUACUGUAAAGAAAUAAUAAUUUCAGAGUCAAUGAAAUAUCAUUCCUUUAGUGUUUGUGCUGGAUUGCAUUAUAUGCAUGCACAAUCAUGGGCGCCUGAUUUUGUCUGAAAGUGAGGGUGCAAAUGCUUGGAAGGGGGGGCUUGACUUUUUUUGGCACCAUUUGAAGCGCUGUCACCAUAAACAUUAAAACAAUU